AUGUCCAGUCGCGAGGUUGCAAUGGAGGCUAUGAGUCUAGCAUCAGUCUGUUACAACAGCCACCAUAAAUACCUCGACGACCCAGUUUACUCACAAACAGAAUCAUCAUACACCACAACCUCGAUCUUUGAGGUCCUGGAAAAAGUUCGCUCAGAUCAACAAGUAGAUGGCAUAUUCGCCCUUCCAGGACACGAUAACAUAAAUCAACUUUUCCACAGCCAUGAAGCAGUGCUACUGAACCACUGGAACGCAUGGAAGAUCGAGAACCCGAUCAAGCAAUUCCGGGAGAGCCAAGAACUUGCUACCGCGCUCCUUGUUGCGACGCACAAGAAUCACGACGACAAAUAUGACUUCUUCUUCGUGCACGCAGUGACUACCAGUCACGCCGUGCGAGUGCUGUUACCGAUGAUUCCACCAAAGUUCCAAAUUCCGCUUAUCCGACAAUGGUGGCUCAUGGUACUGGCAGUUUAUAUUGCGCAGCUUCGGCCCGAGGUGCCGUUGGACCGAAUUCAUGAAUUUGAUCUCCAGGGUAGAGAUUGGGCUUGGACAGCAGCUAAGGCGAUCAAGAGUGAUCAUGCUACAGAUUCCCAUUAUGUCAAGGCUACCAAAUCAUUGGGAGAUAUGGCGUCAACUUGGGGCGACCAAGAUAGCUUCUAUUUAAAAGCGGCAGUCAAAUUCGCGGAGGAAUUCAAUGGAUGGGGUGGGUUUGUUUAA